ACAUCCUCCAUCCAUAUUAUCUUUGUCUGUGGCAAAUACAGUCUACUUAUUCUGAGGUUUUGUGGGAAAUCUGUUGACGUUGACGUUUGACAAAUCUAUUACCUACUAAAGUUUGCGAAUUUUGAGGUUAAAUUUUAAUAACAAAUAAUAAAAUUUUGGAAAAUCAUAUAUUUCGUUUGUGUUUUCAUUCGUAAUGGAUUGAGUAUUAUCAUAAACUUAAAAUGAAUUUCUUCAUUGUGUUAUGCUGUAUAUUUUUAGUGAUAUAUUCCUGUGUUUCAUGGCUUUUCCCCACUCUCUUGGCUUGGUUGUUCAAAAGAAAAUAUCAUAUCAAGCUUAAGAUAGGACGAAUCGUGGUGUUAAAAUUAAUCCUGAAGGAUGUGAAUCUAUCGAAAGAUGGAUACUCAAUUCACAUCAAUGAAAUCUCGUUCAAGAGCAGUUUCUUCAACUCUGAAAUAAACAAGCUAGUGUCUGUGAUUAUCAAGGAUGUAGAAAUCACUAACAAUGUGGAGGAGAAGCGGAGUGUGGUUGUGGAGACCAUCCUCAAGCCACUGCUGUCCAAACAGAACUCCACCACAGCCAAGUAUGAUGCAGAUGGAAAGUUACUCGGCUUCAAUGAUCUCCUGAGCAGAAACCUGAGUGACCUGGCUCAGAAAGAUCUGUUGGAUUUUAGAGAUAAAAAGUUGCCACCAAGUCUGAUUAUGUUUGCCCAGUUUAUGGGGGUUCAUAUCUUCAAUGCAUCAGUGGUUAUUCUCAAUGGUACAUUAGAAAACACAUGGAUGCUUCACACAACAGCUACUGAGAUCCAUGCAGACGGGGCUGCGGGCGGGCCAGCCAAGGCUCUUGUGUUCUCUGCAAACCUAGUACAAGCCAAGGCCAGGAUCAUAGUGAAGGAUAGCCAGAAGUGUCUUGGCGAAGCCUCCUGCAGCCUGUUAGUUGAGGGAACUGUUAAGGCUGAUGGGCCCUUAAAUGUUGAGAAAAUUCACACUGCAGUAAGUAACCCAGUGGUGGAGUUUCAAGAUGAGUUGUACAACUUUAUGCAGAAACAAAAGAAGUACAGGAAACCGACAAGAAGGCCUCAAGUAGAGGUAGAGGACCACAUGAGCACCAUCAUACCCAGAAUGUCACCAGUUAUACCAAAGAUAUUUAGCCUUAGGAUAGACGCCACAGCUGUAAGUUGUGUUGACAAUAGCACUAAAACAACUUUCCAGGUUUCUCUGCAGAGUUUACACAUAAACUCGAGAUUCAGUGCAUCAUCAGUGCUGCUAGACGACAGCGGGGUGGAGAAGCGAGGCCCGCCGCAGGUGUAUGUGGCCUUCCAGAUCGACCAGUUCGAGGUGGCCACCAAUGCCGAUCCGCUACUGUCUUUGAACAAGCUCAAGCUGGAUGCUAAGUUGGAGAAGGGCGUUUUGAAUCUUUACCUAAUUCUAAGCAUAUUGAACAUAACAUACAAUCACGAAGAAGUAUUCAAAUGGUACUCGACGACAUUGCAAAACAUGAAGCAAUCCAAGCCUAUGGAAAUAUCAGAAUCUCCCAAGAAAUCGGUGCCGACGUGGCUGGCGAAGGUGCUGUCGGUGUGCGUGGUGCAGGGCUGCGCGGAGGUACGCGCUGCGACGGUGCUGCUGUCAGCCAGCAGCGCGCGCGCCGCGUUCGGCACCGCCGGGCUCAAGCUCAAGCUGGACCAGCUACUUGAUACUAGAGAGGAGCAAUACACCUCUCCCCUCCCCCGCCUGCUGCUCGGGUCCCGGCACUGGAGCGCGGAGGUGCUGGUGGACGGGGGGUGGGGCGCGGGGGGCGCGGGGGAGCCGCCGCCGCCGCCGCGCCGACAUCACACGAGGGACACCGCGCUGUUGGCGGUAGCGCUGCUGAAGUGCCGGUCGCAUCGGAGUGCUAAUGUUAAGGUGGAAGCCAUGAUGGAUUGCCUUCGUUUUGAAUGGAGCGAAACUUUAGCGAGAACAAUAAUUGCAUUCGUUGAUUGCAUCAACGAAUACCGACCGUCGAGACCUUCCAAACAAAUCGAGCCGGAAGAAUCGAAUGAAGAAUCGCCUUUUAAAGUAUCGGUCAACGUGGCUCUUUCACAUAUAAACAUAUUCAUGAUCGUGAAUGAGAGCAUUUGUCUAAUGAUGAGAAUCGAUGCUAUAUCGAUUGACAGAAGUCCGGCUAAAUUUAGUGCUGUGAUUUCAGGACUGAAAGUAGUUGAUAUGGUGCCUUACAAAGGUCCCGUUCUAUGUCAAAGGACAGACGAGAUCCCCGUAGCUUUCUUCCACAUGAAGUUAGCAAAAAUCGAACACAUACCGUCCAACCAGAACGACUCAGCCUUACUAGAUGUACAGUUCAUAGAACUGGUUGACUUCGAAUGGAGCGCUAACCUUCACCUGAAGAUAUUGACUUUAGUAAGAGAAAUAAAGGGUUUUAGACAAGAGCUGAGGAUGAAAAGAGAUGGGGCGAUGGUUGAUGAAGAGGUAGAAAAGAAGAAAGGACCGCCGCUGGAUUGGCGGGUGUCUUUCAAGAAUGAAACGAAUCUCACACUCAUUUUAUCCAAAGAGAAUAAUAUGGUUUUUGCUACCGACGAUUUAACCGUCUCGUACACACACGGCAAGGGUCCGUCCAUUUACUUCUCCUCGCUGUGGCUGUCAGUGAGCGGGCCGCGGCUGCUGCAGCUGCGCGGCGGCGGCGCCGAGCUGCUCGAGCCGCGCGCCGCUGAGAGGCUCGCUAGUGGAUGCACUAGACACACUAAUGCCACCUGGACAGAUAUACUGGAUCUAUCAGUCUCGUACACGUACGGCGCGGGUCCGUCCAUUUUCCUCUCCUCGCUGUGGCUGUCAGUGAGCGGGCCGCGGCUGCUGCAGCUGCGCGGCGGCGGCGCCGAGCUGCUCGAGCCGCGCGCCGCUGAGAGGCUCGCUAGCGGCUGCACUAGAAACACUAAUGCUACCUGGAAUGUGAGCAUAGAAUCAUUCCGGCUAGUAUUCCCGUACAAGCACCGCUUCGCCGACGCCGUGCAGGGAGACUUCGUGUCGCUAUUCAAGUGGCUGAAGCUCGUACAUGGAAUUAAGAAGAAACCCUUCACGGCUGAUAGCCCGCUGCCUAAGGAUCUCUCUAUUAAGAUUGACGAACUGUUAAUAGAAAUGAGUGACGAUCCGUUCGAGGUUAAACUUCGGGAUAACUACGAGCUGCUCGAGGACGAGUACAAGGAGAGCCAGAAACGGAGGACCAUGCUCGAUACGAAGGUGCAAGAGCUAUGCCGCCCACACCUAUUCCUGCCAGCCGGUAAAGUGGAGGAACUGUACCAGGCGCUCAGACAGAAGGAUGCCCAGAUCUACGUGCAGAGAUGCCGCGCCGCCCCCCCGCCCCGCACCCGCCUCAUAGCCUGCUGUCUCACCUCAUUCAAAAUUUUGGCUCUAGCAGACCCAUCGAUACAUGGAACGCAAAAUGCUACUGAUAAACUGAGGGAAAUUGACUUUGACAGCCCGUGGCCAGAAGAAGGGCUAGAGUUCUCGACUCUCUGGUUCCGGUUCAUCAACGUGUCGGCCGCGAGUUGGCAGCUUCUUCUGAGGGACUUCCCACAGCCGCUCGUGAGCCUCAGCCAGCUCAGCCUGUGGGGCACCCUCGGGGCGGCCGAGGAAAAGCCUAGGGCGAGAGCGGUCCGCACAGUAGAGAUCUCUCAGGGCGCGCCGUGGGGCCCGGCCGCGCUGGAGCGCAGCAUGAUGCCGCUCAAGUUCUACUACGACCUGUGCUGUCAGAUGCAGGAGAUGAGCUACGCGUUCGGGCCCUGCUGGGAGCCCGUCAUUGCGCAGUGCAAUCUGGCAUUCGACCAAGUAUCCCGGCCAUCUCUCGACCCGUCGCCCCCGCUGGCGUGGUGGGACAAAGCCCGCCUAAUACUGCACGGCCGACUGACUGCCAACUUCAACAAGCUGACCUGUCUACUGCACGUGUCUCUAGACCCGUAUAAUACUACUGAAGAGAUGGAACUGACGUGGAGGAAUCUGGUGUUGGAUUGGACAAAUGGAAAACUUGGCUUCCUCGGCGAGCUAAACAUCUUCGUUCGCACCGCGUCCAAGUACGACGACUGUCGCGUAUUACGAGUGCCGGGACUGAAGCAGUCCGUGCGCAUGAUGUGGCGCUGCGGCGGGGGCGCCAACGACCACCACGCGCCCGCCCCCUGCGCCCCCACGCGCCUGCCCGAGUACUCCAGCAACCAGGAGCACGAUUCGUACCGCGCAUUCCGAUCGCACGGCCUGGAUCUCAUCAUCAACAUGGACACGAAGCCCAUCGAGCGCGACGGACCCGUGCUGUUACUUUAUGGAAGCACUUUGAGAUGGUUCGAAAGCCUGAAGCUAAUCUUAUCCGGUGUGACGCGCCCAACGAAACGCGGUCGAGUGUUCAACAACGUGCGCCCGCGCAAGCCGCAACUCUCGCGACAUUACAAAGCCGUCAGCGUGUCUUUGACGUUGCAUAAUCUUCAGGUAUUCUACUGGUCAUCAUCGUCCAUGCAGCGCGGUCUAGAAAUGCUAGGGGUACGUGUGACAUGCGGAUCCAAACACGCGCUCUCAUUGGUCGGCUCAAACGACGGGCUGGUGCGUCGCGCGCGGGCCGUCUGGUCCACGGUGUAUAUGAACUGUGAUCUUAAUGACGCGGAGAUCUGGCUGAAGGCAGCUGCUGCUGAGGAGAAGGAUAAGGAUAGUGAUCCAGACUCCCCUCUCCUGCUCCCCACGGCCAUGGAGAAGUGGUACUGUGUAUCUGUGCGUCGAGUAUCAUACGUUCGAGAAGCGGGGGCGGCAACAGACGCGCCCCCAACUCACCGCCUCGCCGUGCACGACUUGAGGGGCGCUUGGACCAAACUGAAUAGGGACCUGGCCUUCGCGCUUAUUGAUACUUAUAUUAAGACUCAGCAAUUAAAGAAGAACCUAUCAACGAAAGCGUUGAAAGAAGAAGAGAAGUCAACGACCUCUCCGAAACACCAGCGAGAAUCCGAUAUGGUCUCUCCACCGCCUUCAGCCGCUAACCAGAGCGGCCCAGGGGCUGAAGGCAUGCUAGCCCAGCUGCUCCUAGAGGCCGGCUCCGAGGCUCCAGUGGUGUUCAGCGACGAGCUCAGCGGCGAGGGCGACUCGCAGAGCAACGCGUCGCAGCACCUAGCGCGCGCCGCGCUCCACGAUGAGAACGCGCACACCGCGUGGCUCAUUGAGCUGGUGAACUCGCAAGUGGUGCUGAAAGGCUGCGAGACUCGCGGCUACGUCAUCCUGUGCGCUGCCAGGGCGGAGGUACGUCAGCUAGUACGCCGGGCGGCGGCGGGCGGCGGCUGCGCGUGGAGCGGGGCGCUGUCCGCUAUGCAGUACUACGCCACCGUCAGCGCCGGCGAGAGGGACCAGCUGGAUGAGAACAUCCAGUGGGUGUCAGUGGAGGAGAUAUCGGAGCGCUACUCGGCGGACAUCAGCGCGCUGCCGGACGUGCCCAGGCUGGUCGGCAGCGGGCACUCGGCGGGCGGCGUGAUCGGCAGCACGGUCGGGCCCAGCGCCGACCACGGACUCACUCAGCUCCAACGCAUAGUGUCUCGUUGCGCGUGCGAGUUCUACUACGUGUCGACGGGCGAGGCGGCGGGCGGCGGCGGCGCGUGGCGCGGCGGCGGCGAGUGGCAGCCCGACCCCUACGACUGCUUCACGCUCAUGCACCACGACCUGGACGUGUGCACCAACUCACUGCAGUACGCGAUCCUCCUAGACGUGGUGAACAACGUGGUCCUGCACGUGGAGCCCGAGCGCCGGCGGAGCCUCGAGCGGCGCGCGCUGUGCCGCUUCCAGCUGCAGCUGCACCAGGACCGCGACCCGCGCCACCUCAUACACAAGCUGCAGACACAGGUUCGAGAAUCACUGGCUCGUCUACGAAGGUUAGAAAAGGAAUACUAUCUCAAGAACCGAUCGAUCUCGGACAACGACCCCACCGCGAUACAGGAACUUAAAAUAUUGGAUAACCAGGUGAACGAAUGCAAAGAAAGCGUAUGGACGCUAGGCGAAGAGCUCGACGCGAUGGUGCGCGCCUGGCGGGACGUCUGCGCCCGCGGCGCCGCGCCCCCCGUGCGCUCCCCUCAUGCGCCCCCACAUCGUUAUAAUGAGAUCUGCUUCAAGAGUGCGAGGUGGAGGCUCACUGAUGCAGACGGGCAGCUGGGGAUCGCGGAUCUGUUGCUGACCAACUUCCUGUACACAAAGACGUCCCGUUCGGACGACUCGGUGGAACAUCAGCUCGAGGUUGGCUACGUGAGAGUCACCAACUUACUGCCGAACGAACCCUUCCCGGAGGUACUAGUCCCGCAAGCGCCGUCAGGCCGGGCUCCGCUGGCGCGGCGCGCGGCGCUCCGAGUCUUCUGUCGCGACCGCCCGCCCGUCGGGGGCAUCUCUGUGAAAGAACACUUCGAGGUCAACAUCGUGCCGAUUAAGAUUGGUCUAACAAAGAAGUUCUUCAACACCAUGCUCAAGUUCUGCUUCCCGGAGCGCGACCCCGAGACUAUAGAGUCGAUAGACGCGGAGGACGACGACGGCACGCUACGCGCCGGCGCCUCCACCGCCAGCCUGGUCUCUACUGGGUCCAAGAAGACCAAGAAGAAGAAGGAUAAAGAUAGCAAUAGCAACUUCUACGUGAAACGCGAUAAGAAGAAUAAGGAUGAUGUUGAGAAAAUGAAGGAGCGCGCAGAAAAGAACAAGCUCUUCAUCUACAUCAAGAUCCCCGAAGUGCCGGUGCGAGUCUCCUACAAGGGAAGCAAGGAGAAGAAUCUAGAAGACUUCCGCGACCUUCCACUGGUGCUGCCGACAUUGGAGUACCACAACGUGACGUGGACCUGGCUCGACCUGCUGCUCGCCACCAAGACUGAUACUAGAAAGGUGAUAGUGGCGCAGGCGAUCCGGCAGAAGCUGCAGCUGCACCGGCGCGCCGCCGCCGCCGCCGAGCCGCACGAGGAGGACAAGGCACGGCUACUACUGGGCGAGCGCACCGUAUCGGAAAGCAAGCCACAGAAGAAGAGUACUCCUGGAGUUUUUAAGUUUUCCAAAUCCUAGCGUUAAAUUAUUAUCGAUCUUCUGUGAUUACUUGUUAUAUUGUACCGUUCAAUUCCAUUGAAAGACAUUGUUGUGAUAAAUAUUCGAAUAACAUUUAAUGUUUUAGUAUCUAUCUAUCCUGGGUUGAUUAAGGAGAGAAUAAUGUUCAUUGUAAUGCAUUAUUUAUAAGAAAGUUCUUUCCAAUACAAAGGCUCCGAGGUCUAAAGUUAUUUAUUUUAAACAUAAUAUCUCUUGUAGCUAAACAAAAGUCAAGUUGCAGUAAAACUUUAUUAAUUCAUACAACUUAUUCAUAUUUGAACAUGUUAUAAGUAAAAGUUUUUGUGAUGGAUAGGAUUCUUCGUGCGUGUCAGUGUCGUGAAUACUAAGGUGGAAUUUCACCAAACGCUAAACGUAUUUAGUAGCCUGUCAAACGUCUGCGACCCUUAUUAGGGCCACUUUUACGAAACGCUAAACGAUUUUAAAUACAAAAUUUUAAAUACAUUUUGUACUAACUGACACACGUUUGACAGGCUACUAAAUACGAUUAGCUUUUGGUGAAAUUCCACCUAAAUCAUUUUUCCCAGAUCAAAAUUAACCUUUGAUAGGAUUAUGGUUGCAACUUUUAUUAAAUUAUGGUUUGGAUUAAUUUUGCACUCGGGGAAGGAUAUAAACAUAAUAUUUAUUUAGUUUUAACUGUUGUAUACGAAUCUUUUUAUUACCUACUAACUAUUACUAUUUCUAUGUAGGUAUGUUUCUAAAAAAGUAACCCUCCCACAAGUUUUAUAAAGUUAGUAAUGUCAUUAACGCCCGCCCCAUCCUUUAAUCGACCGUGACUGGCGUCGCUUUACCAACUAUCUGGUCGGCUGCUCACGCGAUUCAGUAAUAAUUUUUAAAAGUGCAAUGUAAUGAUCUUCGUUAUUCAUAUUUUAUAGCUUUUAUUGCUGAUAGUGACAACUAUAAAGUUUUUUAUAUUGUUUGAACUUACACGUAUCAUUGGAAGUUUAAAUAAUGCAAUAAGUAUAUCUGUGCAAUAAUUAUAAGCUGUUGCUGACGCUACCAAUUUUGAUAUACCUACCUUCCAUUUAUAAAAAUAAAAAUCAACAAGAUUAAACUAAGGACAAUACUGUGUGAAGAUAAAUAUAUGAAAGUGUAUGCCGGACUCAUGUUAUCUCCUUUUAUUUUUAUGUUUAUUUAAUAGUCCUUACUACUUCCAAGUAUAUACCUACCGGCUGCCAUUUUCAUAAAUAUUAUUGUUUGUUAGCUCAUUAUACUUAUAGAAUAUCUCAAUUUGCGAAAAGACUGUGUUUUCAAAUAAAAUUACAUGUAGCCCGUAAGUAAAUUAACAUACCUACAAUAAAGGGGAAGCACCGACUGUAUAUUAAUAUUUAUAUGAUGACCCACCCAACCCUCUUGAAUAUAAUUUGGGGAUGUAAUUUUCAUAAAAAUUGAUUUAUAAAAAAAAUCCACAACAACAUAUUAACAUUUUAAAAAUAAAGGUUAUAAACUUAUGUGGCUGUAUUAUACAUAAGUUUGUACCUAAUAUAAUAAUUAUAAUUUCUUUUAUUAUACUUACUUAUACAUAUACAGCUAGCCUAGGAUUUCAUUUAAAUAAGGGUUGGUUUGAUUUGGGUGGUAGAAAAACUGCUGACUCGUACAACGAUGAAUCAAUCAACUUUUGUUAAGUCACUACUGUGGAUUACGUACAGUUAUGAAGAUAAUGUAACUACAAAAUUAAUAAUGAUAUCUCUGGCAAUAUGGACAGUCUUGUGGUCACAUUAGUCAUUACAUUAUUAAUCUAGAAUCUGAAGGGAAGUGUAUGUAUGUAAUAAAGUGUAAAAGAAAACCGUAAUACAAUACAAUGUAAGUCGUCAUCAAUUUCAUGACGUCAUAGAUUUCCAAUUCAGUAGAUAGUCAUUUAUAAAUGCUAGAUGCUACAGCACGGUUAAGCGCUUGUUUUACAAUUGGAUAAUAGUCAUGGUUGAUAAAAGUAUAAAGUCAUCAUGAAACAGGCAACUUCGCAAAUGUUACUUGGUUUUGACUUCGCGAUAGGGCCAUGCUCUUGGUAAAAUAAUAUUGACAAAAUAUCUUUAUAGGGUACCUAGAUAGCACAGUUUCAAUUGAAUUAUGCACCAUUCAUGUUAACGAAUUCAUUCUGUAUUUUUAUUAUUUAUACUUUUUCAGUAUUUUAUCCUAACUAUUUAUCAUAUAUUUAAAUCUUUAUAACCACAUAAGCAAAUGAGCAUUUUAUACUGGAUGUUAUGUUAUAGUAAUUAAUAAUACCUAAUUAAGACUAAUUGCUUAAGUGAACAACUAUUUAUUAAAAGUAAUUUGUUAAUUAAAUGUUUGUAUUUAAAAGUAAA